AUGGAGGCCAAGGUCCGCCAGAGCCGGCGCUCGCGCGCGCAGCGGGAUCGCGGCCGCCGUCGGGAGGCGGCCCGCGACGCCCGCGACCAGAGCGCGUCGUCGGGCGACGAGACCGAGCCCGGGCCUGGCAAGGAGAACGCGGGCCUGCCCCGCGCGCCCCCGCCCCGCGCCGCCUCCGUGCGCCCCCCGCGCCGCCGCCGCCGCGAGUCCAGCUCGCAGGAGGAGGAGGUCAUCGACGGCUUCGCCAUCGCCAGCUUCAGCACGCUCGAGGCCUUGGAGAAGGACAUGGCCCUGAAGCCACAUGAGCGGAAGGAGAAAUGGGAACGUCGCCUUGCCAAGAAGCCCCGCGAGUCAGAAAACUGCCCGUCCGCAGAACCAAGUGAGAAUGGGCGUCCCCUGGAGCUCGUCAGUCCCGAGCAGGACCUGGAGCCUGCCUGCGACCGGGGGAAGAAGAAGGUCCCCCUGCAGCCCACCAAGCAGAUGAAGGUCACCGCAUCCAGAGGGGGCGACCGCCACAGUGGGGAUGACAGCCUCCACGAAGCCACCAGCUCCCGGACAAGCAGUUCUCGGGACCAGCUCAGUGACAGUUCUACGCAGGCCGUCUCGGGCAGAGGCUACUCGUGUGACAGCGAGAGUGAAGGGGACGACAAGGCAUCUGUGGGCUCUGAGAAGCUCUUCGCCCCAGCAGCCGAUAAAGGCCCCACGCUGGGCGAGGAGGCCGAGGCCAAGGCCGGGGCGCCGCCCAAAGUCUCGGGCCUGGAGCGCAGCCGCGAGUUGAGCGCCGAGCCGCCCUUCCUGCCCACGGUGCGCAGCCCCGCGCCCCCCGCCGACCCCGCGACAGGCGCCCCGGCCAGCCCGCCGGUCAAGAAGGAAGCCCCUGCCCUGCCCCGCCUCACCCCGCAGCCGCCGCCCGCGCCCCCACAGCCCCGCGCCCCGCUCCCGACGCACGUGCCUCUGCCCCUGGGCGCCUUCGCCGGCCAAGGCCAGGCUGCGCACAACGGCCUGCACAGCCUCAGCAGGAGCAGCGGCGCCGGCAGCAGCGCCAGCCUCGGGCUCGCGAAGCACGCGUCCCUGUCGCCUCUCGGGCCGGGCCCCCACCUGUCUACCUCACACUUGGCGCUCCGCUCGCAGGCCCAGCACCAGCACCACGCGGCGGCCAUGUUCGCCGCCCCCCCGACACUGCCCCCGCCCCCGGCGCUGCCGGCCAACAGCCUGGUCAUCCCAGGACACCCUGCCGAUCACGAGCUGCUCAGGCAAGAGCUGAACGCGCGUUUUCUGGUCCAGAGCGCUGAGCGGCCCGGCGCCCCCCUGGGCCCGGGGGCUCUGCUGCGGGCGGAGUUCCACCAGCACCAACACACACACCAGCACACACACCAGCACCAACACACAUUUGCCCCCUUCCCCGCGGGGCUGCCCCCGACGCCGCUCCUGCCGCCCGCCGCACCCCCGCCGUUUGAUAAGUACGCACCCAAGCUGGACAGCCCCUACUUCCGACAUUCCAACGUGAGUUUUUUCCCGUCUUUCUCUUCUGCCAUCCCCGGACUGCCCACCCUGCUCCCACACCCAGGCCCCUUUGGGUCCCUACAGGGUGCUUUUCAGCCCAAGACUUCCAACCCAAUCGAGGUAACAGGCCGGGCCAGUGCUGUUCACACCCUCCUCCAGAAAGGCCCCGGGGUGUCCGACCCAUACCGGACCACAGUCAGGGAAUCUGGGGUGCUGAGGGGGGCAGAAGGAAGAGGCCCCACUGUGCGGCUGAGUGUGUGGCCCGCCCUGUCACAGAAACCUGGGAAGUGGUGUGCUGUGCACGUGCAGAUCGCCUGGCAGAUCUACCACCAUCAGCAGAAGAUAAAGCAGAUGCAGCUGGACCCCCACAAGCUGGAGGUGGGCGCCAAGCUGGACUUGUCCAGCAGACCCCCUGCCCCGGGCGUGUUUGCCGGAUUCCACUACCCGCAGGACCUGGCCCGGCCCCUCUUCUCUGGCUCAGGUGCUGCCCAUCCCGCCACCAACCCAUUUGGACCCUCAGCCCAUCCGAGCAGCUUCCUGACCGCCAGUCACCUGACAGACCCUUUCAGCAGGCCAGGCACCUUCGGGGGCCUGGGGAGCCUGGGCAGCAGCGCUUUCGGAGGCCUGGGGAGCCACGCACUGACUCAGGGCAGCGGCAUCUUUGCCCCCAAGGAGAGCUCUGUGCUGCAUGGCCUGCCCAGCCCCCACGAGGCCUGGAACCGACUGCACCGGGCGCCACCAUCCUUUCCCACACCACCCCCAUGGCCUAAGCCCGUGGACCCCGAUCGGGUCUCAGCCCUGACCAACCACGACCGAGAGCCGGACAAGGGCAGGGAGGAGAGUGAAGGUGCCUUCCUUGUUCCCAGGGACCUCCUGGAGAAGACGCGCCUGCUGAGCCGGGCCUCGCCCGCAGCCCCCGUGGGCCACCCAGCCAGCAGCCUCCUGCUGCGCGGCCAGAGCGAACCGUGCCGGCCCGGGGUCCCUGCUGAGCGCGAGGCCGAGCCCCGCGUCAAGGAGAGCCGCUCUCCGGCCAAGGAGGACGGCGCCAAGCUGGCCGCGCGCCCGCCAUCUCCCUACAGCAAGGCGCGGCCCCAGGGCGACGUCAAGGUCAAGGAGGAGCGCAGGGAAGACAGCGACGCGCCCGAGCCCCCAGGGGCCGGCCUGCACCCAGCGCCCGAGCGUCCGCGCGCGCCCCCUGCGCCCCUGCAGCUCGGGCCCAGCCCGGCGGCCCGCGAGCGCCUGGGCUUCACAUGGGAGCCCCUGCGCGACGCCUACCGCGGCCUGGAGCUGCCCCGGCGCGCCCUGCCCGCCGCCGCCCCCGCCCCGGGCCCCGCCGCCCUCUUCGAGCCCCCCGAGCGCCCUUACCGCGACCGCGAGCCACACGACUACAGCCCAGAGCGCCUACGGGAGGCGCGCCGCGAGGAGCUGGAGCGCGCGCGGGCCGCGCACCUGGGCCUCCGCCUGGACCGGCACCGCCCGGCUGUUCCUGCUGCUGGAAUGCCCUCCCGCCCUUUGCCUGCCGCCUCCACCUUGGCCUGUCCCCACCCCGUCAGCCUGCUCCGCCUUGUCCUCUCUGUGCACUGGGUGCAGGCUCACAUCCCUGCGGGGCUGGCCUUCCCCCUGCCCCCCACUGCCCUGGCCCCACACAGAGCCAGAGAACAAUAUGUGUGCAGCGCGCCCGCCUCCCGCCACCACCACGUUAUUAAAGCCAUAAAGCUCUUUCCGGGGUGCGGCUGCCCUGAGCUGACAGCACCCCCGGGAGGGGUCACGCGGAGGAACGGCUGCGUCUGA